AGUACUUUUUUGUUGUUGUUGGUUUGUCUGUUGGUAGAAGAAGGAAGUCAGAAUAGGGGAACUGCGCAGUAGGUUUAUUUAAAACAGAAAUCAAAGACAGACCUUUCUGGGAGAAAGAAAUAACAUCUGUAAAUGAAAUGCUGUAUCUUCAAAUUCCAUUGCUAGCAGUUCUCCUCGCAGGUGGUGACAAUGAAGAUGCCUUUCAGGAGCCGAUCUCCUUACAAGCCAACUAUAUCUCAUACUUAUACAACCACUCCUGGGCACGAAGUUGGGGCUCUGUUUGGUUGGGUGAGAUGCAGAUUCAAGGCUGGGAGAGCAACUCUGGCAGUAUUACUUUCCUGCAGCCUUGGGCCAAGAGCAACUUCAGCAACAAGGAGAUGAAAAUUGUGGAAAAGUUAGUCCAUGUGGCCCACGUUCAAUUGCUGUACAAUCUUCGCAACCAUGCCAGUGAAUGGAAACUUGAAUAUCCCUUUGAGAUACAGAUAACAGGAGGCUGUGAGCUGCACCCUGAGGGACACAUGGUAGGCUUCAGCCAAUUGGCUUAUGAAGGAUCAGAGGUCCUGAGCUUCCAGAACAGUUCCUGGGUGCCAUCUCUAAAGGGUGGAACUAGAGGUCAGCAGAUAGGUAAAGUACUCAAUCAGCGCAUUGUCGCCAACAAAAUGACACACAGGAUGAUCAGCAACACCUGUCCACGUUUCCUUUUGGGUCUCCUUGAUGCAGGGAAGGCAGAUCUUCAGAGACAAGUAAAACCAGAGGCCUGGCUAUCAACUCGCCCCAAUCCGGGUCCUGACCAUCUGUUGCUGGUUUGUCAUGUCUCUGGCUUCUACCCAAAGCCAAUUUCAGUUAUGUGGAUGCGAGGUGAACAGGCACAACAGGGCUCUCAACUGAGUGAUAUCCUGCGCAAUGCUGAUGGGACAUGGUAUCUUCAGGUCUUCUUGGAUGUGGAAGCCACCAAGACAUCUGGCCUGUCUUGCCGGGUGACACACAGCAGUCUAGAAGGCCAGGACAUCAUCCUCUACUUGGACCAUCCUAACUCUAAGGGCUGGAUCAUCUUGGCAGUGAUGCUACCCCUGCUGCUGCUUCUGACAGGUCUUGCAUUUUGGCUUAAAAAGCGCUGGACACAUUGUGAACCUCCUUCCACUCUUCUUCCUUUGGAGAGAUUCCAGCGGUCCAGGGACUCAACACAUACUUAAAACUCAGCAUGGUGAUGAUGUCCUUUCAACUCUCCUUUGUACAGUUUUUGUUGUGGUUUACCUGUAUUUAUUUAAUGGCCUGUUAUUAACGUACACUACUUGUCAUUUUGCAGGACUUGCUUUCUGGCCUGGUUGUGAGGUUUUAAAACUCAUAUUUUAACUCUGGAUAAAAUGAGAUCCUAGUGACCUCUCUAUACUGGAAAAUUAAUGAACCUCAGGCCCAUUUAAGAUGUCACUUCUUUUGGUGGUCGUUCCCUGACUCACAAGUGGAAGCAGUGACUGAACUCCCACCACACUCUGCCGCAUACUUUGCCGACUUUCUACUUUCUAUCCUUUGCUGCAGCUAUGCAGGUCCCUUUUCCCCUUCUAAUUUUUAAGUUUCCUGAGAGCAAAGUCUGUAUCUCCUUAAAGUUUGUAUCAUUUUUAAAAUGUAUUAAUUGUAUGUAGUAUGCUUUCAAUAAAAGCCUGUGUUAAGUUCAUGCCAAAUAUAUAGCCUUUUCUUAUUCUUUAUCUUCCUGACGUGUGUCGUAGUUGAGACAUUUUAUGCUUGUUGUUAAAAGUCUUCACACUUUACUAGUUCCUCAGUGACUCCUCUGAAUCCCUGAGGAGAAACACAAUGUGGCCUCCAAACAUUCUUACAACUGUGGAAACCUAUUUGUGUGCAAUUGUUGUUCCAAGUAUUUUAAACAAAAGAG